AUGGGUUUACUGUCACAAGGGUCUCCGCUGAACUGGGAAGAAACCAAGAAGUGUGCUGACCACAUCAGGAAACAUGGCAUCAUCCAGUUUCUUAACAUCUACAACAAGGUGAAAGAUCGUCAGAAAGAUGUGCUGAAAUGGGGCGACGAGGUCGAGUAUAUGUUAGUGGAGUUGGAUGACAAGGAUGAGAAGGUGCGACUUGUCCUGAAUGGUGGAGAUGUGUUGGAAACUCUCCAAGAGCAGGGUGAAAAGAUAAACCCCAAUCACCCCACGCUUUGGAGGCCUGAAUAUGGCAGCUACAUGAUUGAAGGAACUCCAGGGCAACCGUACGGCGGGACGAUGUCCGAGUUCAACACUGUGGAGGGAAACAUGGGGAAGCGACGACGGGAGGCUUCAUCUGUCCUGAACCACAACGAGACGCUCUGCACCAUCACCUCAUUCCCAAGGUUAGGUUGUCCAGGUUUUACCAAACCAGAGUGCCGGCCGACACCUGUUGAGAAGGGAGUGUCGAAGUCACUGUUUUUCCCAGAUGAAGCCAUCAACAGACACCCGAGAUUCAGCACCCUCACCAGAAAUGUACGUCACAGAAGAGGAGAGAAAGUUGUGAUCAAUGUGCCAAUCUUUAAAGACAAGUGCACUCCGUCUCCUUUCGUGGAGGUGUUCCCUGAGGACGACGGCGAAGCAGCCAGAGCGGUUCUGCCUGACCACAUCUACAUGGACGCCAUGGGCUUCGGCAUGGGCAACUGCUGCCUGCAGGUUACAUUCCAAGCUUGCAGCAUCGAUGAGGCAAGAUACCUUUAUGACCAACUAGCAACAUUCUGCCCUAUUGUGAUGGCCCUGAGCGCCGCGUCACCCUUCUACAGAGGCUAUGUGUCAGAUAUUGAUUGUCGCUGGGGAGUUAUUUCCGCCUCAGUGGAUGACAGGACACAGGAAGAACGUGGACUGAAGCCGUUGAAAAAUAACAAAUACAGAAUCUUCAAAUCAAGGUAUGACUCCAUCGACAGCUACCUCUCCAGCUGUGGUGAAAAAUACAACGACAUCGAUUUGACGAUAGAUGAGGAGAUCUACAAACAGCUGCUGGCCGGAGGAAUCGACAAGCUGCUGGCUCAACACAUAGCUCAUCUGUUCAUCAGAGAUCCACUCUCUGUAUUUGAGGAGAAAAUCCACCUGGAUGACGAGAACGAGUCUGAUCACUUUGAGAACCUCCAGUCGACCAACUGGCAGACGAUGAGGUUCAAACCGCCGCCUCCGAAUUCUGAUAUUGGCUGGAGGGUUGAGUUUCGUCCCAUGGAGGUGCAGCUCACCGACUUUGAAAAUGCUGCCUAUGUGGUCUUUGUGGUGCUGCUCACCAGAGUGAUCCUGUCCUACAAGCUGGACUUCUUAAUUCCAUUGUCAAAGGUGGAUGAAAACAUGAAGGUCGCCCAGAAAAGAAAUGCUGUCCAAGAGGGAAUGUUUUACUUCAGGAAGGACAUCUUUAAAGGCUGCAACCCAGGCCUUGAUGGCACCGCUUCUGCACAAAACGGCCUGGAGACGGACUGUGGCAACGAGGAGUACACGCUGAUGAGCAUUGACACAAUCAUCAACGGAAAAGAGGGAGUUUUCCAAGGCCUCAUCCCAAUCCUUAACUGCUAUCUGGAAAACAUGGAGGUGGACGUGGACACCAGGUGCACCAUUUUAAACUACCUGAAGCUCAUCAAGAAACGCGCCUCAGGUGAAGUGAUGACCAUGGCCAAGUGGAUGAGGGAGUUCGUCGCAAAGCACCCGCAGUACAAGCAGGACAGCGUCAUAACCGACAAGAUCAACUACGACCUGUUCCGAAAGUGCGACCGGAUCGCAAGGGGCGAAGAGCAGUGCCCCGAGCUCUUAGGAAACCCUCUGAACAGGUUCAAAUGAGGGGGACGCAGCAGAAACGCAUCUUCAGCAUGUGAAGAAAGACCAAACGUGAGGCUCAGAAGGAAAGCGGUCCAAUCUCAAGAGAAUGCAAAACAGCAUGUGUGCGUCAUGACGAACACACCGGCAUAAAAUGUAUGUACAUAUAUAUACUGUAUCAGAUUUUUAUGAUUACACAAUUAUUUUAAUAGUGUUAAGACAUACAAAAGGUUGUGUAAUAGAAAUCAGAUGUGUAUUUAUUUUUCUCUGGAAAUUAAGCCUGUGUGUGUGAGAAUGUAAAUGUAGAAAAGAGUUGUAUAGUAGUCUGCUUUUAAUCCUGUGUUCUGUAUAUACUGUACUUCUGCUCUUGAAAACAUUAACACUGUGUAUGUUAACUAUUUUUAUUUCUGGAUAUGAGCUUUCUUUGCAUUUGGUAGCUUCUUAUGUUUGUACGUUUUGUUUUGUUUUGUUUUUUUUCACUUUUAAGACAUCUGUUUGCUUUGCUCUGCUUACAUCGUAGUUGGACCUUGAAGAUAGUGUUGCAUUCAGGUGAGGAUGACGAACCAUUGUGUGCAAUGUGAUGCUGCUUCAAAUAAAUCUGUACAACUGGAA